AUGCCUACAUUAAAUCAAUUGAUUCGUCAUGGUAGAGAAGAAAAACGGCGCACGGACCGUACUCGAGCUUCGGAUCAAUGUCCCCAGAAGCAAGGAGUACGCCCGCGUGUACCAACGAGAACACCGAAAAAACCGAAUUCAGCUCCACGUAAGAUAGCCAAAGUACGGUUGAGCAAUCGACAUGAUAUAUUUGCUCACAUUCCGGGGGAAGGUCAUAAUUCGCAGGAACAUUCUAUAGUCUUAAUAAGAGGAGGUAGAGUGAAAGAUUCGCCAGGUGUGAAAUCCCAUUGUAUUCGAGGAGUCAAGGAUUUGUUGGGAAUUCCGGAUCGAAGAAAAGGGAGAUCAAAAUAUGGUGCAGAAAAACCAAAAUAG